AAACAAAGGUUGCUCUACUUAACCAAAUCUCGAGUCAAAAUUUGGGUGUACUUGAACUUGAUUCAAAUUUAUACGAUGAAUUCGUCGAUAAGCCUAGAAAUUAUUCUCUGGCCGUAUUACUGACAGCCUUAGAUCCGCAGAUUAAUUGUAUACCAUGCAAAGAAUUUGACCCUGAAUUCCGAUUAGUCGCGAAAAGUUGGUUAGAUUCUGGAGAUGAACCUUCUCGUUUAUAUUUUGGAGUUUUGGACUUUAAAAAUGGUCGGGAGGUUUAUGCCAAACUCGGUUUGAAUAAUGCGCCUACUCUGUUUUAUUUUCCACCAACUACUGGUCCAUAUGCUAAAGAUGUUUCUGAACCUUAUAAAUACGAUUUUGGUAAACGUGGUUUUUCUGCCGAAGAACUCGCGUCAUAUCUAUCUGGCAUGUUGGGUACUCGAGUCCCCGCUAAUCGACCUCUAAAUUUUUUUGCUAUAUUUUUGACGGUAUUCUUAAUACUUGGGGCACUUGCUUUUAUGAAGUUAAUGUAUCCUAUAAUAAAGACAGUUAUACAAAACAAAAAUACAUGGGCUGCGAUAUCAUUGGUAAGUGUCUGA